ACGAGAUGCAACCAUCACCUCCUGGGCCUCCGAUAACCUUCACUCGCUUCCAGUCUACGAAGUGUGAUGGCUGGCGAAACGUAGGGCACAGACAUCGAAGCUCGCGGAACGCACAAGGGCCAGGGGCAGAAAUCUGCGUCACAAAACGGCGGAACCAGCUCCCUCAAAGCGCAGUCUAACUGCUGAUGAUUUAAAUUGUCCAUGUGAUGGUGAUACUGAGAAGAAGGUUUCACCUCCAAAGCGACAGUGUCUUGGUGAUGACAAAGAGAAUGCUGAUGCAGAGUCAAAGAGAGUUGGAACUUUACGAAGUUUGAAGGAAUCUCCAUCAAAACUGGUGUCCAAGUAUACAGAAGAUGCUGAAUGGGUGGCAGUGCCAAGGCGUGUGCUUGUUGGGGAUGACAAUGCGGCACCUAGAGGACUGGCAGCUCUCAGACGGAAGCAUGAUACAUCGCCAGAUUUUGGCUCUAACGAAUGUCAGCAGGCCCUCAGUCAGGCAGCGGCCCUUGAUGAACAAAAAAGAGCGCCCAGGGGCCUUGCAGCUCUUCGUAGAAGGCAAGAGAUGCUACCUGAAGCAGAUACGGCUCCAUCUAGCAUCUGUGGGCCAAAGUCAUCGACUCUUGCAAAGAUAGGACAAGUCUAAGCAGCCUCCUAGCAGUAAGGAGUUAGAGGGGAAUGGUCUCCAUGCAAGCUCACAGAAGAACAACUGGGACCCCAAGGUUAUUGCUAGCUUGGAAGCCCAAGGUUUCAUGAAAUCACCAUCAGCUUCAAAGUUAAGCUACUCAUUUAAGCCAAAUGCCUGCCAUGAAGCACCUGACAACUCUGAUUGCCCGGCUGAAGUGGAAACACAUGAAGGAUCCAGUACUGGGGGGGUCUCUACCUCACCUCCACUGCCACCACCAUUGCCUUCAGCUAUAACUGUUGUCAGCACUAAGAAAACAGCAGCAAAAGUGAACAUGCCCAACGUAGCAGUCAUGCACCAGCAACCACUUAACAAUCCUCACCAAGGUGGAGUGCCACAAAGGCCGCAAGCUCAGCAACUGGGGCGAGAUCCUAGUGAGCUGUCACUGCAGCAGCGGAGGGCUCUCUUUGAGGCUGCAGUGGAUGCUGAGCAGGCAGAGCAGCCCUGUGAAGCACCUGAGAAUUUGUCUGUGGCCCAGCGUAAGGCGCUGUUUGAACAGCAGAUGAAGCUCUCUAAGGCAGCAGCAGAGCGCUCAUAUCCGGUGAUGAAGCAAAACAAGCCUUUUGAAAAGAUUGCGUGCAAUCAAGCCAAAAUCACUGCUGCACCAAGUCUCUGUGAGGCUGCUUUGGAGGAGCCGGAGCGACAUUGCAGCGUUGCUGAAGCACGUGCCCGACUAGAGGCCAUGACACAGCAGAAGGAACGGGAAUUGACACCAGAGUUUCAAAGCUUCAAAACUGUUACACUGCAGUCAUCGGCUUCUAAUAAUGCCGGUCUUGGACAGAGCCCUUUGUGUACUACCAGCAGCAUAAGAAGCAUCACACAUGCACAAUGCUCAACUAUGGUACCACCUACAGCAAAACGUUUGGAGAUCUCGGAGUCUGAAACAUCAGAGGAGUGCGAGUACAACCCUCGUGUUGACAGUGUUUCAGAGAAUAGCUCUGACUUGUCAACUUCAAGUGAGAGCCCCAUAACAGUGCAGCCAGCAGCCUUAAACUCAAACAGUGAAGUUGAAGGUGUGGAUGAAUCUGGUUUAGGGGAAAGCUGGGAACAAACACUAGAAGAGGCUGAAGGUGCAGUGGGAAAAAUGCUCAACACUCCCUGUGAUGUGGCUGCAUAUGACAAGCAUUAUGCCCAGGUAAAGGCACUAGAGGAAGAAAUAGCAAGACAAAAGGCUCUCAUGGAAAACACAGUAGAGAACGGAGAAUUCAGUAAUCAUCAUUUUGAAGCAGACAAAAAGGGUGCCACUCCUGAAAAAGAGCAGGUUACGAGUGCCCUGAAGAAAGAAGUAUCGAAAACUCGUCUGUACCCUGAACUGCCAUCUAUGGACUGGAAUGAUGUUCCUACGUUGACCCCUCCACCUAAGCCAAGUAGAGCUCCCCCGCCCCCAGAGGAUGAUCAGCCACUAGUGCACACACAGAGUGUUUACAGACGCAAAGUGUGCACUCCAAUACGACAAGCAGGGCAGCCUGCACAACCAUGUCAGAUGCAGUUUCCAUCUACAGCACAAUCAACCAACCAGUUGGACAUACAAGCUCAGAUAAAAGCUCUGUGCAGGGAAGCAGAAGCUCAGUCAGUGGUGAUGGCUCAAGCAAGCCGGGCCUUGGAUGUGUGUCGCUCCACAAUGGAGUUUCUUGGCUCUGCUGAACAAGUGGAAGGAGAACGCCUGCUUUUGCUUGCAACAGAGCGCAGGCAGGCUUGCCUGGCAGAAGUCGAACGACUCAAGACACGUGGUGGCUGUGGAGAUGAUGAAGUGGUCCCAGAGAGGGCCUGUCUGACCCUGAGCCAACUGCAGCUGCCCCUCAAGCGAGAGUUUCUGGCCGCACAACUUGAAGGAAUACUUGGGGAAGAUGUGCAUUACUUUCUGUGCCUAGUAAAGCAUGGAGCCCAGGUGCUGGCCAGCCAGAUGCUCUCAACCACAGACAAUGCUGGCACCAAUGCUCUUUGCUUCAGUAACCACAUGACUCUGCGGGAUCUCAGGGCAGACUUUGCAGUCCAAGUACAUAUCUAUGCCUUGCAAACUAAAAAAGAAACCUUGCCACACCAUCGCAAGUAUCGCAUUGGUGGAAAGGAUGGCAAGCACAAAUUGACACCUAAAAGCAGCAGCAAAGGAAGUGUUAGCAAGUCUACCCUGUCUCCUGCAACUGUUUGUGCACCAUCAGGCUCGAAAGUAAGGACACCCAGUUUUGGCCUUGUUGGCUCUGUACGAUUAACAGUUGGAAACUGUCGACGGUCAACUUUUAACCUUGAAAAGGUUCCUCCAAACUCACCCCUUGAAGGGACACUGCUGGUACAGUUGAUGCUGAGACCUGAACAUCAUCCAGAGCUUCGAGGAUUCCUGUCCAUGUUUGAAGAAGUCGGAGGAUUUGGUGCCUGGCACAGGCGUUGGUGUGUGCUUGCUGAGAACAGACUGUCCUACUGGCGCUACCCUGAAGAUGAAGGCAGCAAGGAACCAGUAGGUCGAUUGGAGUUGAGCCAGUGCACCAGUCCAGAGGCACGUCUAGCAUCACGUGAUGUAUGUGCACGACCUCACACAAUAGUUUUGCACAUAAAUGGCAAGGACCACCUGCUUUCUGCUGACACAAGGGAGGAAAGGCAGAACUGGUGCUCUGGCCUGACAAGUGUUUUGAAGAGCUUGCGUACCUGGGCAGGCAUGGGAAACAACUGAUAUUUGGGCACUUUUACUGCUUCCUGACCAUGUUGCCACCUGCAUGCAAUCUGGCUAACUGAAGUGCUUUCCUGGUCCUUAGUCAGCUCUCCUACAACCUGCCACAGUGCAUGCUGUCACUGUCUACAAGCUUGUACAUUGUGUGUGCUCAUCAUGCAGGUGCCAGCAUUGAUUUUAGCAAUAGUAUUCUAGAGAAGGCUUGCUUAUUGCAUGCUAUAUCAUAAUUUGCUGCUGCAUUACUGGUUUGCAGGUGCCAUUUGCAUUUACUUUUUUUGUCUGAAAUGAAUCACAUGGUAGACCUGGAAAAAAAAAAAAAACUGCUAACGUUUACUGAAUAUUUGCAAGAUAUGUUUGAAGUAUCUAUUAAGUUAAAUAUGACAGUUUUUUUAUAAAGCAAGGCAUGACUGUAACUGUUAUUACAAUUUGUUAUGCUUUUUCAGGUGGCUUUAAAACCUGAAACAUUUUGUUGUGUGUGGAUGAUCGUGCUAAUCUGGCUUCAAGAUUUUGUAGUUGACAUUAGAGUCUUUUGCGUCCCUCUCACUCCUGAUUUUAUGUUCAUGCUGUUUUCAUCUUACAGAAGAUAAGGAUUUAUCCUGCGUUUAGCUUUUAUUAGCUGCAUGCACUGUCCUGUAAGCAUGCAGUCGUGCAUCAUUUACGCAGUUCUUUCACUAUAUUUUACUAACUCAACAUGGGCUUUCUUAUUAGAAAACAGAAACAAAAGUUGUUUCACCGCGUUUUUCUCUUUCAAUCUGAUGCUGUUUUUAUUACUUGUGGACAAAAAUUCUUGUACUUGAUUUACUCAAUCUCAGCCAUAUUUUGCUUGCACAUCUACAACUAUGUGUAAAAUGCAAGUAUUUAGGCUUUAUUGUAAUUUGCAGCAAUUUGGUCAUAUGGGUUUUAGGAAACCGAUUAGUUCUAAAUAACUAAAGUUGAUAUUAAAAAUAUCUCUAAAUAAUAAAUCUAGACAAAUAGCUUUUCAGCUUAUUUGCAAUUAUGUUUGUAAGGAGUAAUAUAGGCUGUUUUAUAACACUUUCGUGGGCCUGGUUUGAAGCCUAAACCUUGCACAAGAAAAGCGAGAUAAGAUAUUGAGAAACUGAAAUCACAUUUGAAAAUAGGAUAAUAAAGCUCUAUAUUGUGCAUAAAUUCCAUCCUAUUUAUUCCAUCAAAAUUGACGAAAGUAGAUCUCUGAGACACAUCUCCCCUUAGUGUGUUAGAGAGCUCAAAUAUUUAAGCACCACAAGAACAAAUGUCACCAUUGUGUAUUCGUAGAUAAAGUGGAAUUUUAGUUUGCAUCAGGAGCAGCACAUCUUGACAUAUGGUAUCCUGCUUACAGUGUGCUAAAUACAAGAUACUAAUGCUGCUACUCGUUCAUUUUUGUGUGGAUUAUAUAGUUGCAAAAGUUACUUCUUUUGCCAUUGUGUGAUUUGUCUUUUGUCCACAAACUCAUUCAUAACUGUGUUAUGUAAGUGGUUGAAGAAAGUGAUCUUUAAUGUUUAAAGAAGAAAGGAUUUCAAUAAUAGUGCGAUCUACUGUUAAAGGGAACACACAAGCACUUUGUCAUCAAAUUUUCCUCAGUUGUUUGAUUGGAGGGGCUUCACUUUGCAGCAGAGUACUUGUGGUAAGUGGCUGUGGGCCUCCUAAAUGCAUUUUACGCUGCUUCUGGCAGCACCCACAACUGAAGUGUAAAUGUGUGAAUCAUGGCAAUGUAUCCUUUAACAGUUGACUGCACUGUAUGCCACCAAAUGUUUGUCAUGUGCAAAGUCAGCUUUGGCCAACACUUGACAUGCCUCCUUGAGAGGCCUCUUGGUGCUGUUUUAAGAAUCUUGGUAUAAUACCAUGUGUCAUAUUAUGUGUAGUUUUAUGGGAAAUGCCAUGAUGCCAGGCUGCGAUAACAAAGGGGAAAUCCUACAGCUGGUAUGCUUCUGCUGGUUCUGAAAAGAUUCAGUUCAAUUUGCAUGUAACAUAAAAGUGUGUUUGUCUUGCAUAGUCAAGGGUGUAUAUAUUAUAAGCUUUUUAUUUUGCUCUCCUUAAAGGUAGUCUUCUUUGCUUUUACCUUACCUCAAUUUACGUAAAGUUGGUUUAUUGAUGGUGCAGUUACUGUGACAGUAUUUCAGGUGGCACCUGCAUUACAAUUUGUCUUUACUUGAAAUCUGGCCAGCAUUGUGUUAUUUCUGCAAAUAUUAAUGGCUGAUGCAUUGUGAAGAACCUAGCUUACAAGAUUGGGUUCUUCUUACAUGUUCAGUGAACAGUUCGCAAUGCUUGCAGAUGUCCUAAUUCUCAAAUUGUGGUUAGAAUUGAAUAACAUUCAAAAUUUGAUAUUUCACACACUAAAUUCAUUGAGAUAUGCUUGUGUGACAUUUUAUGUACUAUGUUAUUUCAGCAGCGUUAGACUGAUGUACCAUUUCACUACUUUUCUGUGUUUACUGUGCUAGGCAUUUCUGCUGCUUUGGUGGAAAUAUUGGCGCAGGAAAAGAUCAGUGAGCUAUUUUGGCUAUUUGGAGACUGAUUGUUUAUGUUAGUACUGCUGAAUUUCAUUGGAGAAGUAGGAGCACUAUAAAGCGGCUACCCUUGCCAAACAUAAUUCACUAUAUGGUUUUAUGAUGCAGCACUGUUCACAUCUUUAGAGGCUUGUCUCAAUGUAACACAAGGCUGUGGCCAGUGGUAACUGGCACUUCCUGCUUAUACAUUUUUGUAUUGACAACCUCUAACAGAACAUUCAGUGAAUGGUACUCACUGGGGAAUGUUGGUGUAAUGUUUGUGUUUAUAUCCAUUUAACUUGCCAUUCAAUUUUUCGCUCCUGUGUGCCACAUAAGGGUAAAUAUGUUAUCUGAUGGCUUUUUACUUUUUCUAUUGCAGUACUUUCUCUUUUCAUAUUAUUCUCGUUGGAAAAUGUUGAAAUCUUUGUAAGAAAAAUGCUCAGUAGAAUUUUUGAAACUUGAUUUCCUUGUCAAAAUAUUGUAUGUGUGGUUGACAGCCACUUGGUCCUUUUGCUUCCCCUCUUGAACUGACUUAACCAUAGUAAGGUAGCAUCAAGUGGCACUUUAGUCCCUCUUGUGCCUUUUUUUAAAUUUUUGUAAUCUUUGGUGAAAGACGAAAAAAAUCAGUUUAUUUUUUUAUUUUUUACUACUGGCUGCACUUUAACCUUUUUAAAUAAAUAAAAUAAAUAAAUAUAGAUUUUAAUUGUUUUACUACAUUUGAAGACAACCUAGACAACACAUAGGGAUGGACAUAUGCUAGUGCAUGCAUGAUGUUUGUUUCUAAAUAAUGCUAAUUAUUGAUUGUGCUUCAAUUUGUUUAUUGCUGCCUUAUAGUUGCUUCAUAGUUUUGGAAAUGUGUAAGUAACCAUGAUACAUUUUUAAAUAUUUUUAACUUGACAGUAAUAACAUCAUUUAGUUGAAGCUGUAUUUAGAAUUGUGUUGAUGCUUGCAUGGUUACUUGUCUUUAUUUGUUGCAUUUGUUUGUAUAUAAACUGAACUACUUUAUUACAACUUCAUGAUUUAUUUUUUGUCACCUGGUACUGUGGCAGCUGCUCAGUAGCUUAUGGCACCUAGUGCCAAGCACAGUUGCACCCAGUCAUGGUACCUGUACAACUGCAUCACUGGGGGUGUGCGAAUACUUGAACAGUGAUGCUGCCGCUGCGCUAAUUGCACCGAACUGCGCCGAGAGACGAACUCUAGUACAUUUCAGUGACAUAUCAGAAAUCGUUGCCCAAUCUGCGCUGAAAGGGUUGCUCGGGCUUUCAAAAACAAGGCUCAAGCGCCGUUUUAUGGUACCAUCUAAAGUGGCAUGGCGUGGCUCCGCGGUGGACCGAGUCAAUCCUCUCCAAUUAAGCCUGGAUCGUACUGCUUGUUUCUUCCGUGGGUUGCUGUCUAUAUUCAAUACACCUGGGUUGUAGUCAAUGGCUGCUUACCAGUUCUAAGUUUCGCAAUCCAAGCUUCACGCAGCUUCUUGUCCUGCGGGUACGUGUGAAGGCUGAAAUUGGGGCUCCGUUGCGUACAACCGGCACUGCGGUACCGAGCAGUAGCCAACCAUGUUUGACGCCUUCAAAGGCAGCCACU